GUGUUUGCUCAUUAGUAUGUCUUGCUUAAUUUUAACAUAUAUAAAGAGUGAUAACUGAGUAAUUAAUCACAUUUCUGAAGCGAUCAUGGAGCUUGGACAAUUGUUUCUUUUCGUGGUCUUGUUAGUGGUGGGGUCACAUGGCUUCGAGGAAGAUCUUGAAGCGAAUGACGCGGUAUCGAACCAGACGGCGACCGCCUACAGCGCUGGGGUCCGCAUGGGAAUAAUCAAUCCCGAAAAAUACUCGCUUCGAACGUUUGAACAACAUGAAAGAGACAUCUUCAAAGAUACGUACAGAGAGUACCUUUCACUCAAUGGCAAUCAAACGAUUAGUUACCAAAAUUGGCUCUUAAUGAACAACUACGGAAUACUGUUCGAUACUCAGGAGUCUAUGUUCCAAAGAAAAAUAAGUAAGCGGUCCACAGCGGAUAACAAAAGACGUUUUGUGAAUACUGUGAGGAAAGGAGAUAUUUUGAUCACGGGCAGAGGCAGUGGGGGGUUGCUUGGCCACGCUGCAAUAAUGACAACCGAUACCUGGGUGUUGGAGAUGCCUGGAGGCAAGGGCUGGCAGAACGGGAUUCCGGACAACAACAGACAAAUAACUAAGCACAAGUGGUUUGAUAUUCACGCUUCUGAUUGGACGACAGUGUACCGGUGUCCCGAUGCUGGAAUAGCUUCACAAGCUGCGCGCUGGGCUGACCGCAAGUACUACAACCCAAACGAAGGGUCCACGAAGACCAUACACAUAACAUACGCAUUGACUACGAACUUCCAGACAACGAACCCAAGCUACUGCUCUAAACUGGUGCUGCAGGCGUAUUACUACGGCACUGGUAGCAACAAAGUGAUAAGAAAUCCUGGGAAUGCGAUAAUCGUUCCUACUUCAAUACCAACGUAUUUCUUGCGUCCCUAUUGGUUGACUAACAAAGGGAAGUUUUAACUUUUUUAUUGUAUUAGACAUUUAAGUGUUGCAUUUAUUUUUGUAUCUUGGCUGUGUGAUGUAUAGAUUAUAAUUGAUAGGUACCAUAUAUUAACUUACUACUUUGUAUAUUCAUUUAAAUAAAUAAUAUCUACUUAAACC